CACCAUGAGCUUCUACGGCGGCUACUACGGAGGCCUGGGCUGCGGCUACGGCCUGGGCGGCCUGGGCUGCGGCUGGGGCGGCCUGGGCUGUGGCUAUGGCUGUGGCUACGGUGGCUUUGGUGGCUACGGCGGCUACGGUGGCUACGGCGGCUACGGCGGCUACGGCGGCUAUGGGUACAGCUGCUACCGGCCCUGCUGCUAUGGGAGGUACUGGUCCGGCUGCUACUGAGACACCUGCCGGGACUGGAUGGGCUGAGCGGGGCCCCCAGCCCCUGCCCCUCUGAGAUUCUGGAGAGAUGGGCAGCCCUGGGCCCCUGCGGCGGCCUUGGACCUCAGCACCCAGCACCCAGCACCCAGCACCCAGCACCCAGCACCGACCUGACAAAACCAUCGCACUUGCGGUUGGAACGGGGCGGGGCACAGUGUGGGGAGUGACUCCCCGGGCGGAUACAUGUUCUGGGAGAACCCCCUUCCGAUGGCUCAUGGACGUGGGGGACUCACUCGACAAUAAACUGCCUUCG